CAAGAAAUUAUGAAGAUGUAUCCAAAUGGUGCCAUUAGAACAACUUAUAAUGCCCUAUUUCUCAGGACAAACAAAAAACAAAAACAAAAAUCACUACAUGUUAAUAUUUGUUAAUCUAAAAGACUUAAAUAUUUUUUUAAUAAAUUAUUUAAAAACCUUAUGCUUUACUUCAUGAUUCAUCAUGAUGUUGAGCUGAGCCCUACACCUCUAUGCUGACCUUUGAGCUGUGAUGCAUUUUCUUAUCUGUUUGCUAAAUUACUUCUGGCAUAUGACAUAGGAUUAAAAUGUACACACACAAAGUCCAUAAGUCAACAAACCAGCUCAGUCUCAUCGGUUCUAUAAAGUGUAUACUGAGAGUAGUUGCACUUUAGUACUAGUACUGAGCUGUGUUGUGAUCUACUUAUCCAGCAGUGGAGCUCAGUAAAUGGCCAUUCAUGUGAAGAAGGAUCUACCUGGAAUUUCUCGAAGACUCUAGAAAAGAUGAAAAAGAUGGCAGCUGAUCCAGAGCUGCUGCAGGGGUUUUGGAUGAUCUGAUAGAAAAGGAAAUCCUAAAAAGGGAAAUUUGGAUUUCCACGCAUAAAUUAACAGCAAUAAAAAGGAUCUAUAAUCUGCUCCGUAGUUACCAGCAUCUGUGUUUAAGAUGGCUGAAGCAUCUUCCAGCUCCAGCAGGGGCACGGCUCAGCCUUUGGCUGCUAACAAUCACACCGAAGCCCACAUAACUCCAGCUGAGAUGGUUUCCACGGUUACAGCUCAGCCUGGAGGAAGCGUCAACGCUCCUACGUUCCAAGCAAGUGUGUUUCAUGGACCAGUUACAAUGAAUUUUAAUUCUUCAAAAACAGCCCAGACUUCACCCACUUCCAACACCAACAUAGAUCAAAUAGAGGAUUCUGCAAGUGACCAAGUUCUCACUGGAGAUGAAGAGAAUCAUUCCAUGAAAAAGAGGCUGAAAAACAGUUUCAUAGCCAAGUUUGAAAAGCUGUAUGAAGGGACAGCAGAGGAAGGUGAUCACGUGUUCUUGAACGACAUCUUCACAGAACUUUAUGUGAUUGAAGGCCGUACUGGAGGGGUGUACAAUCAGCAUGAAGUGAGACAAGUCGAGACCUUUAAUCCCAGAACAGAUGAAACUCCGAUCCAGUUCAGUGACAUUUUUAAAGUCCAGUCUGGGGAAAUUAAAAAUGGCACAAAAGUUCUGACAGUUGGAAUUGCUGGAGUUGGGAAGACAGUCUCCGUGCACAAGUUCAUCCUUGACUGGGCUGAAGAAAAAUCCAACCAGGAUAUAGAUUUAAUUUUUUUCCUUCCCUUUCGAGAGCUGAACCUGAUCAAAGAUGAACAUUACACUCUGCGGGAGCUUAUUCUGUACUUCCAUCGUGAACUUUGUGACCUGAAAGAGAAUGAGAUGUUUAGUGGUAAAUGUAGAGUUGCUAUUAUACUAGAUGGUCUGGAUGAAAGCAGAAUUCCAUUAGAUUUUGAUCAAAAAAAAUUAUCUAAUGUAACAGACAAGACUCCCAUUGAUAAGUUGAUAACGAACCUCAUCAAAGGAGAGUUGCUUCCCUCAGCUCUCAUCUGGAUAACCUCUCGACCUGCAGCGGUCAACCAGAUACCUCGUAGGUACUUUGACCCUAUCACAGAAAUACGUGGCUUCACAGACCAGCAGAAAGAGGAGUACAUCAGGAAAAGGAUCAAAGAUCAGGAUAAAGCCAGCAGAAUCAUCUCACAUAUCAAGUCAUCAAGGAGUCUCCACAUUCUGUGCCAUAUACCAGUCUUCUGCUGGAUUGCGACUUCUGUGCUUCUGCAAAUGCUGACAGAUAGUAAAGACAUGGAGCAUGCCCCUACAACUCUGACAGAAAUGUAUACGCGUUUUCUACUCUUCCAGACAACACAGAUGACUGAGAAAUACCAAAGGAUGACAAACAAACAAGAGUUUUCAACAUACCAGAGAAACAGAGUAGUACCUCUGGACAUUCUAAAGCUUGCAAAAUUAGCAUUUCUUCAACUGGAAAAGGGACAACUCAUAUUCUAUGAGAGUGACCUAAAAGACUGCAACAUUGAUGUUGAUCAAGCUUUGGUGUACUCAGGUGUUUGUACGCAGAUCUUCAGAAAGGAUGAGAUGGUCUUCAGUUUUGUACAUUUGAGUUUUCAGGAGUUUCUUGCUGCCUUGUACGUGUUCCUCACAUUUAGUAGCAAUUGGAACCCAUUCCUUCCAAAUUUUCUGGAAAAAAUAAAAUGGAUGCUAAAACACAAUCUUGUGGAUCUCCACAAGACAGCAGUGAAUGAGGCUGUGCAGAGUGAGAAUGGACACCUGGACCUUUUCCUCCGUUUCCUUCUGGGCCUUUCAUUGCAGUCCAAUCAGAGACUCCUGAAGAGUCUAAAACCCCAGUUGAAAAUCAGAGAAGAAAAUCUAAAAGAGACAACUGACUACAUCAAAAGGAAAAUCAGGGAGUCAAAAUCUUCAGAAAGGUGCAUCAAUCUCUUCCACUGCCUGAGUGAACUCAAAGACGACUCCCUAAUGGCGACAGUCCAGAACUACUUGAGCUCUGGAGAUCUUUCCAGACAGUCUCUUUCAUCUGCGCAGUGGUCAGCUCUUGUCUUUGUGCUAUUGAUGUCAGAGGAAACUCAAGAGACGUUUGAGCUGAAGAAAUAUGCAAUAUCAGAUGAAGCACUGAUGAGGCUGUUGGCUGUGGUGAAACAUACUAGACAAGCUUUGUUGGAUCACUGUCAUCUCAGUAUAGAAAGCUGCAGAGUGCUGCCCACUGUUCUUAGCUCUUCAAUACCACUAAGAGAGCUGGAUCUGAGUAACAAUGACCUGCAGGAUUCAGCAAUGAAUAUACUUUCGGACGGAUUGAAGGAUUCUUGCUGUAAAUUGGAGAUACUUAGGCUGCGUUGCUGUAAUCUUACUAGGAAGUGCUGUGAAAAUUUAGCAUCAGCUCUCAGCUCAGAUUCUUCAGCAUUGAAGGAGCUGGACCUGAGUUAUAAUGAACUUAAGGAUAGAGGAGUGAAGCUGCUCUCUACUGCUUUGGAGAAACCCCACUGUAAACUGGAAAUACUGCGAUUAUCUCUGUGUGUAGUCACAGUGAAAGGCUGUUCUGCUCUGGCCUCAGCUUUGAAAUCAAAUCCCUCCCACCUGAGAGAGCUGGAUCUGAGCUAUAAUUACCCAGGAGAGUCAGGAGAGAAGAUGCUCUUUGAUCUACGUGAUGACCCACACUGCAAACUGGAAAAGAUCAGUGUGGACCAUGGAGGAAAGAUAAGAAUUUCACCAGGUCCAAGAAAAUACGCCUGUGAGCUCACUCUGGACCCCAACACGGCACACAAGAACAUCUCCCUGUCUGAGGACUGCAGAAGAGUAGAACGUGUGAUGGAAGACCAGAUGUAUCCGGAGCAUCCAGAGCGGUUUGAGAGCCAGCGUCAUGCCCAGGUGCUGUGCAGGGAGAGCCUUACUGGACGCUGCUACUGGGAGGCAGAGUGGGAGGAGUGGGGUGAAAUAGCAGUGGCGUAUAAAGAAAUCGAAAGAAAAGAGAAAAACAAGGAUGAUUCCUAUGGCUUUGGAAGCAGCUUGAAGUCCUGGAGCCUGAUCUGCACUCAAUAUGGCUAUUCCUUCACUCACAACAAGCAAAGCACUGAAACACGCAUCGCCACCUCCAAGAGAGUGGGAGUGUAUCUGGACUGGCCGGCUGGCUAUCUGGCCUUCUACAGCAUCAAUGGACAAAACGAACUGACGGACAUACAUUCUUUCCGCUGUGUUCUACCAUUUACCGAGCCUCUCUAUGCAGGCUUUGGGGUUUAUUAUGAAAUGGGUGCUUAUGUCUCUUCAGUGUCUCUCUGCCCGAUAGAAGAAACAGAAAUAUCUCAAUAAAAAAAGUGCACUAGGCCUAUUCAAGCUGGACUUGUUUUAAGCUGAGUACACACAUGAAUUUGAGCCACGAAAAGGCACUCAAAACUCCUGAUCUUGCCCCAUCAUUAUGACACAAACAAAGCCAAACUGGACCAAACCUUGUACCUUUUUGCUCACACAAGAACUGUAACGAAAAUGAUGGAUGAAUAAACAGUUGAGAAAUGCAGAUAUUACAGUUACAGUGACCGCUGAAAAACAUUUUACUCCAAACUGGUAGCUGACCUGAAACUGUAAAGAGAGUUCCUUUACAUCUGAAUCCACAUGUAAUACAGUUGUAUGCAAAGGUUUGUCCUCCCCAAUUAGAUGACAUGUUCUGUGCAUUUUCUCUGCAGGGAACAAACUCAUAUAUGGCAUUUUUCUGCAAAUUUUAGUACACAUUUUUAUAUAUUUUCUGGAUUUAUCAUUUUGGGGAAAUGUGGCCUGUGCAAAGGUUAUGGCAUAUUUGUUAUUUUAUUAAAAAAAAAAUUCCAGUACAGUAAACAAAUUAAUAGAAGUUGUGCACUAAGAUUUGUCUGUAAAGGAUGUUAUUUUAUACAUAAAAAAAAUCAACAAAACAUCAUUUGACCAGGGGGUGUUCAAACUUUUGCAGACGAUAUUAUAAAGAAGGCUCUUAUUAUCCUGUAUUCAGUAAGAUGGGGUUAAAAUUGGGCUGUUGUGUAGGCCCAGCUUCAUCAGAGGAGAUCCUGUAAUAUAAUUUCUCUGGAUUUGACUGCCUGAUUCAUAUGGGAUAAAAAAACAGGUCCAAACAAACAACAAAAACUAGCUCCAGAGUACCAGAGAGAAUAGCAUUAGGCUAGUAAAGUGGGGUCAUUUGACUUAACAAAUAGCCCC